GAUUAAGAAGUAAACAAAACAUGAUAAUAUUGAAGAUUAGGCUGGGAGAUAUCAUUUUAUGCAAAACAUUCAUCAGACCAAUGUGGCUUAAUUGAGUGGUGUUACAAAAGUAUUAUAUAAAAAUUGUAAGCAUGAACCCGCACCGGGCAGGUGUUUCGAGCAAAUUACGUUCCAUGUUGAAGGUAACCUCGCUUGGAGCUGCGGUAUUCAGUGCGAUAUGUUUGUGCAAAGGUAACGAAGAAUUCUACAGUGCAAUAUUUAUGCCAAUCGUGCGGAUCAUUCCACCGGAGACGGCCCAUAAGAUGGCUGUGUUUGGCGUCAAGCUGGGAGUCAUUCGUCCUCCUUAUCAGGAUCCCGAGCAGCUAAAAACCCAGCUGCUUGGAUUGACUAUCGAAAACCCGGUUGGUAUAGCGGCAGGAUUUGAUAAACACGGAGAAGCCGUUAGUGGUUUACAACACAUCGGUUUCGGUUUUGUCGAAAUUGGUUCGGUUACACCAGAGCCGCAGCCAGGAAAUCCAAGACCACGUGUGUUUCGAUUAAACGAAGACAAGGCCAUAGUUAAUAGGUACGGAUUCAACAGCGAAGGCCAUGAUGUUGUGUAUGAGCGGCUCAGAAAAACGCGCGAAGAAAACGGUACAAAAGUUACACUGGGGAUCAAUUUGGGGAAAAACAAACACUCCGAAGACGCAGUUGACGAUUAUGUGAAGGGGAUUAAAAAAUUUAGUUGCCUCGCUGAUUAUUUGGUCAUCAACAUAAGCAGCCCCAAUACGCCUGGCCUAAGAACUAUGCAGAAUAAAAGCACCCUGCAGAUUCUGUUGAGCGAAGUAAUAAAAGCUCGAAACUCUCUUCCUCGAUCGGAACAGCGUCCUAUUCUGGUAAAAUUAGCACCUGAUCUCUCCGAUGGUGACGUGCAAGAAAUAAUCGGAGUGGUUAAAUUUAAAGAUUGUGCUAUUGAUGGUUUGAUAAUCUCAAAUACAACUAUUGACAGGCCGUCUAGUUUGAAGAGUUACAAUGCUGGCCAACUGGGAGGCUUGAGUGGGGCCCCACUGAACAGCAAGUCAACUCAAUUGAUUGCCAAAGUAUACAAAUGGACUGAAGGGAAAAUCCCAAUCAUUGGAGUCGGUGGUAUUUCCAAUGGACAGGAUGCUUACGAGAAAAUUUUGGCUGGCGCAAGCGCGGUUCAACUUUAUACUGCUUUUAUUUACCACGGACCGCCAAUUGUGACCAAAGUGAAGCGAGAGUUAGCCCAGAUACUGGAAGAAAACGGAUACCAGAGCAUUCAGCAAGCCGUCGGGAAGGGGGUCGAUCAGUUUUUAUAGUACAUAUGUUCUUAGGUUUGCAGUGCGGUUAUGUUAAUCUGUACUAAGCCCGAAAGUUAAUUAUUGCUUUAGUUGGAGUAAGUUAGUCAUUUUAUACUUAGCUACAUGUAAUCCGCCAAGCGGGUAUGUUGAGAAAAAAAAUUGAGCAAAUAUUGCACAGCUCGACAUUACUGAGAAGAAACAUAAACAAUAAUCAGAACAGGAAAAAUGUAAUUUCCAUCCGUGAUUACACUAGUUGAGAUUUAGUA